AUGCCAUUGCCAAACUACGCUCCAAGCAGUAACAAAAUCAUGUCUGUGCCAAAGAAAGCAGUGCAGGAACGUUCUCUCAGUGCAGGAACGUUACCUGUCUACAUCCCUUUCUUACCCUCUCUCUCCUUCUCUCAGUGCAGGAACGUUACCUGUCUACAUCCCUUUCUUACCCUCUCUCUCCUUCUCUCAGUGCAGGAACGUUACCUGUCUACAUCCCUUUCUUACCCUCUCUCUCCUUCUCUCAGUGCAGGAACGUUACCUGUCACAUUUCGCUGUCUGGAGGAGAAUCUGAAGAUCGAUAAGCGUGUGACGCGUUUCGUGCUGCCCAUCGGAGCCACCAUCAACAUGGAUGGUACAGCCCUGUACGAGGCGGUGGCAGCCAUCUUCAUCGCUCAGAUGAAUGACAUCAACCUGGACGCAGGACAGAUCAUUACCGUCAGUAUGACAGCCACCCUGGCCAGUGUGGGAGCGGCCAGUAUUCCCAGCGCAGGCCUGGUCACCAUGCUGUUGAUCCUUACAGCUGUGGGCCUGCCCACCCAGGACAUCAGCCUGCUCAUCGCUGUCGACUGGCUGCUUGACAGAAUGCGUACCUCAAUCAACGUGGUGGGCGACUCGUUUGGUGCUGGGAUUGUGGACCACCUGUCCAGGGCAGAGCUAGCUGAGAUUGACGCCGAGCUCCUCUCCCCUGAGGAUGAGGAGUUCAUCCCCCCGCCCCCUGUCCUCACCGAGAUAGACCUGGUGGACCCCAAGAGACCUCCCGAGUUACCCCCACGCUCCCCCCGCCCGCCCAAACUCAACCACCACGGCCACUCCAACCUGUCACAGAUCUACUCCAUCACCAACUCUCCCCGCUCCGUCCGCUCUCCGUCCCCCCAUUCUGUCCGCUCUCCCUCCCCACGCUCCAACUGUUCCCACUCCCACUCCCCACGGCCCUCUGCCUUCCGUACCCAUUCCCCACGCAUCCUCCGCAGAACAGAGCCUGGCUACUGCGCCCUGCCAAGCCACGACAACCAGAUCCCCACACUCCCUCGCUCCCACAGAGAGAGAGACAGAGGGGAUAGAGACAGAAGGGAAAGAGACAGGGAAAGAGACAGAGAGAGAGACAGAGAGAGAGAUAGAGAGAGGGAUAGAGAGAGAGAUAGAGGAAGAGAGAGGGAGAGACUGCGGGGGCGAGACAGCGACCGAUAUCAGAGCGAGACAGAGGAAGAGGAGGAGAGGGAUAGGGUGCUGGAUGAAGGGAGUGAAGGAGAAGAGAGUGAUGACACUGCUUACGACCGCAGGAACACCAUUCUGCCCUGCGACCUGCCCUGAUUGGAACACCUCUAUGAAAACACUUCUGUUAUACCACAGUUUCACUACACUUCCCACAAUUUACUGCACUCUACCACCUAGUACCACUGUGGUGUUUUUGAUAGGGGUCUGGGUUGGUGGAUGCAGUGCUCUACAAAUGGUUGCUAUUUAGUAAUUGUCUGAUUUGAGUGUUCUUGUGUGAUUUGAGUCCUGUUUGACAAGAUCAGGGAUCAAUAAGCUUGCUUUGAGCGAUGACGAUAUUUAAGUUGCUAUGGCAACACCCUUUAAUAAUCUUUCAAAAAAGAGCCCAUGCCCUAACUUGUACGCUUCAGUGUGCUGCAGAAGGGAGCUUUAACUUAGUGUUGUGUCUUCUGUCAACCCAGCUCUAUUCUCUGAUAAUCAUUGUCUUGUUCUAAUCAUUUCAGCUAGCCAGUUCCUCAACCUUAUCCUCUACCCUGUAGCGUGGCUGAGAGAGACGCUCUACUGAGAUCUUGGUGUUCAGUGUCAGUCAAUGUACAAUCAGAAAUGUUCUCUUCUCAACUUCCAAAAGGUCAUCUGUAGAACGUCGUCCAUCUCCAGCUGUACUGUAUCGAAUGAUUCAACAAAUAAAUACUCAUUCUACUUAUAUGUAAGUUCAAAUGUGAGAUAAACUUGCGUGUAGCAACUAUAUGUAAUUAAAGGUAACAAACACACUGUAGUCAAACUAUUUUUAUACUAUUCUACUUCCUCUCUCUCUUCUCUUCUUCUCCUUGUCCUCUACAAACUCAACACUUCACUUGACUUUACCUCAACUUGUACCUCAACUUGUCCUGAAAUGACAAUCAUAAUACGGUUAUUGUUGUUAAUAUUGUUAUUUCUCAGUACUUAUGUAUGGUUAGUCAUUUUUUGUCAUCGUCUGUUGUCUGAAAUGAUGGUUGUUAGUAAUUUUAUACAUUUUUUCCAGCACAACAGUCUUCAGUCUGUGUUGCACAGCACGUAUUCAUUUACUUGUUGUUUCAUUACUCUUGUACUUUAAUUAUUUAUUGGUUAAUUAAGAGAUAUUCUCAUUGGUUCUGUCAUAUUGAUUUGUUUUCCUCUGUCCCUCUGAAAUGCCUUUCAUUGAAGGUCAUUACUGCCUACCCAAAUCCUUCAGUCUUAAUGCAGGUUUGCAGAUCCAGGUUUUGUGUAUAUUGUAUGUAAUAAAAUCUUAGAGAUUUAUUUAAAUUA